ACACUCGUGACGUAUUUCCGUGUUGCACCCAGCAGUGUUAACUUUCACUUUGUACAGGUCGGUUUAAAAUGAAUAAAUAAAUAAACAGAGCAGAUAUACACGGAGUACUGAACACACGCCUGGUGGAUUUAUAUUACUGAACUACUGAACAACUACCUGAAAUGCAUAUUAAUCAGAAUGCGUCUCUGAAAGCGGAAUUUUCUCCUUCUAAAUCAAAAGUGAAAGAAACCUGAAUCAGGGGGAUGUCCAGAGUUCACCUGCCGUCAACAGACGAGCCCUCCGUUUUAUUAUCCUGUUAAAAUAUCAGUUUAAUCGAAGCUGUUUAGGAGUUAAACCCAGUAAGAGCUGCUGCUGCUGUUUAUUUGUGUAUGUAACGUUAGGUUUACUAGGUUAGGGUAAGUGAGCGGCGGAUAUGCUGGAAGUCCUGGUGUUCGCUUGUCUGCAGGCCCUGGCGCACAGCCUGCAGGGUGCUGAUGUGGUGCUGUCCUGCUCCUUCAUUGAAGAAGGUGGGGGUAUGAUGGGUGGAUCUCUUUUUACCCGCACUCCAGCUACUCUGGUCUUAAGGGACCUUGUCAUGACGUCUGACCCCUCACAAGACACUGUAACCCCAUAUAACCCUCCUGACACUCCUAAUGCGGAUGAUCUCAUUUUUGAGGUCACAGUAUUAUCAGUAGAGAUUCCAGAAGCAGAGUCUCUGCUCCAUGCUGAUUGUAACGAACAGGAGGUUGUGUGUGAACUGAGUCGGUAUGUCCCACGAGGAACAGAGCCUGAUGCCCUACCUGCGCAUUUCAUCAGCUCCAUUCAAAUAGAAGGAGGCGGAGUUGGCCUCACUUUAGUGCUGCAGACAAUCUCCAAUGAAGAAGCAGAAUCAAAUGUUCCACCACUAAUGCAGAGCAAACUCCAGCUUCCUCUCAGCCAGUGGGGAACACUACUAACAGAGGCUGUGUUCGUAGUAUUCUCUCGUUCUCCAUCCCUUGCCGCUCCUUUAGGGGAUGAUGCUCUUCUAGACUGCGGUUAUAGGCAAAAGGACACAUCUCAAAACCAGGAUGUAGGGCUUGAGUGGCGCUGGCAGUAUAAAGGAAAUGGGAAAAGGAUUCUGGAAAUUAAAGCCCAAGGAGUUGAUAGUGAAGAAGGGACACAAGUAGUGCAUAAGGAGCGAGAAGGAGUGAGUGCAGACUCAGUCCUACUGAUCAGGGAUGGAAAUGCAUCUUUGACUAUGAAGAAGUUAAAGGUUUCGGACGAGGGCACAUAUAUCUGCACCAUCAGCACUGGAGCAUUUCAGACUCAACAGAUCAUUCAGCUCCACAUCACAAAGCCUCCGAACGUUUUUCUCACUGAAAAGAAAGUGAUGUUUCAGGACGAGUCGCCCCAAAAACUCAGCUGUCAUUGUGAGCGCUACUACCCCUUGGAUGUGCACGUGGAGUGGAUCUCUCAGACCCCCUCUGAGACAGAGGCAAUUUCUCUGACAGAGAAAGCCUCCCUCUCUAGCCACCGCCAGCACAGCGAUGGAACUUUCUCCCUCUCCUCCUUCCUCUUCAUCCGCCCCUCUGAACACCCGCCUGGCACUGUUCUCACCUGCAGAGUCUCACACUUUGCCCUGCAAACCCCCAGUGAUGUCAGCUUGACAGUAGAUCCACCCGAACCAGCAGGCAACUACUACUGGAUGGUCCUGGCAACGCUGAUUUUGUCAGCCCUGUUUUUAUAUCAGGCAUCAAGAUAAAUGCUGAAAUCUGUCUUGAAGUUAUUGAAGAACUGAAAAAAUGCUUAUUUAUCCAUCUAUUUUUUUAUGGAUGUACAUAUCACAUACAUACAACAAAGGUUACAUUCACAUUUUAAGCCCACUGAUUAACGGUACACAUUCAUACAUAUAAAUCAUCUGUAUCUGUCUGUAAUAAGAACUAAUCUGUCCCUCUGCUGACUCCCCUUAGAUAAGGUUCUGUUGUGUAAAGAAAGAUAACUUGUUUUCAUAAAUAUAACAACAGGAAUAAUAAUUGCACAUAUGAUAUUGAUGUGUGAUACAUGCUUGAAAUGGGGUUUCAGAUAAAAAAAGAUCCACACAGUCCUGUAAAAAAAUCAGUUUUUGUCACAUCAAGGCCAAAAAUCCAAUUUGAGUAAUGUAUCUUUAAACUGAAUGUAUCUUGAGAUGAUCUGCAGUACUGUAGGAACAUUUGUUGUACAUGUAUAAAUACUGUAUAAUCUGUAUUUUGGGUUUUUUGCUUUAUAUGGUUAAUUUUACUUUUCUACUCUUCUAUUGUGCUUUUAUUUUUCCUGUUAUUUUUUAUAACACAGAGUGUCAUUCAUGCAUUAAACUUAAAGCUAUUCAAGUGGUAACAUUUACAUAAAAAAAAACAAUUGCAUGAGCAGUU